AUGACAACAGAAAUCAAAGAACUCUCCCUCCCCCUCCCUUACACCCCCCACACGACCGCCCACAUCCACCUCACACGACACCAAACCUGCAGCACGGUAUUCCUAACCUCGUCGACGCCGGGUGAUGCAGCGGGGAGUAUCAAGCCGAUGGGGAGUUUUGUGUAUGCGAUGCCGGAUAGAAUGAAUCCCAAAAACGUGCUAUCAACAACCAUCUACUCCUCCCCGGGAAGUGUAGAAUACACAGCCCGGAUUGCGAAGAUUCUCGCAAGGAGAAUGAAAACGCCUGUUUAUGUGGGCGGGAGUAUUGAGCCUGCGACGAUGGGGGUGAUGGCUGAGGAGGAGAUUGAGGGGGUGAAGAGGAUUGUGGAGGUUGUUGUUAGGGGGUGGGAGGGGAUGAAGAUAUGA